AUGUCAGCAGGAGACCUCUCGCUUCAACCGCCUUCGGACGGUAUCUCCGCCCUUGCCUUCUCGUCCGAUUCGUCCAAGCUCCUCGUAGCAUCAUGGGACGGGACGAUACAGCUACAUAAUCUCGGGGGAGCGCCGCAACCGCCCAUGAUCAUGGCUCAUCCCGCUGCGGUCUUGGCGAUAUGUUUCGGGACAUCACCGAUGACAGGAUUCUCCGGCGGGCUGGAUAAGAGGGUUAGGCAGUGGGACUUCCAUUCUGGUCAAUGUAGGGUUCUAGGGAAGCACGACGACGCUAUCUCGUCUAUUGUGUGGUGCACUGAAUUCAACGUACUAGUGACUACCUCCUGGGACGCCACACUGAAAGUAUGGGACAUCAACGCCGCCGAAGGCGCUCCAGCUCUCCGCUCCUCCCACGCCCUCCCCGCGAAAGCCUACACCCUCUCUUACGCACCCUCCACCCAGACCCUCCUCGUCUCCAUGGCGCACCGUAAUAUGAUGCUCUUCAAGCUGGCCGACUUGGCCGCUUCGCAAGCGCAGGCCAAGUCUGGAGACGGGAACGAGGCGAAGGAGACGUUGGGGGAGAGGAGGGAGGGCGCGCUGAAGUUCAUGACGCGCAGUGUGGCGUGUAUGGCCGAUGGGAAGGGCUGGGCGUCCGGUUCGAUCGAAGGCAGAAUAGCGGUCGAAUAUGUGGAUCCCUCCCCAGAAGCCCAAGCUUCAAAAUACGCUUUCCGGGCACACCGUCAACCUAUUGACGGAGUGGAUCACGCGUAUCCCAUCAAUGCUAUCGCCUACCACCCUAUCCAUAACACCUUUGCGACCGGUGGCUCCGACGGCCAUAUCUCGAUCUGGGACCAUACCGCCAAGAAGCGGAUGAAGGCGUACCCGAAAUACCCUACUUCGGUCUCGGCGCUGGCUUUCUCGCCUGAUGGUAAGAAAUUAGCGAUUGGGUGCAGCUACGAGCACGACAAUGCCCUGUCGGGACCGGAAGAGAAGGGGCGCGUGCUGGUGUUGAUCAAGGAAACAGUGAUGGACGAUUGCAAGCCAAAAGUCAAAGCUUGA